AUGGCGAACCGCAUGCAUGCCACGCCUAUGGACUUCCAGUAUGAGAAUGGAACAGGACCUCUAGAUGAACGGUCUCCCUUUGCUCAAGUAGGGCGCAACUCACAGCGCAACAACGUCAACACAAACGACAAGAAACGUAUGUCUCAUGAANGCUACGCAGUAUUUGGAUCGCCAAACAAAUCGACAUUUCCCAGCCUUCGCGAACCCGCUUCUCAGCCACACUUUUUCUCGUCGCCCAAACCUCUGCCUGCUCUACCCCCGUCUAUGCGAAACAACCCCUUGUUUUCUACUCCGAGAAAGCUGGACGUUGACGACUUUGCAUCUUCUGGCGGCGAGACUCCCAAAUCACCCGAGCGCAACGACGUUGAUAGUGACGCUACCCCCGACAUGAGCCUGAGAUCAAAGUUCUCCAACCUGGAUACCAUGAGCAAACCAGUCUUUACUGCUGGAGGGAAGAAAGAGAAGGAGAAGGAAAAGGAUUCGCUGUCACGCCGUCAGAGCUGGUGGAAGGGUUUCAAGGACCUGGCUUCAUCACCACGUUCAAAGGAUGACUAUGCCCACGGAGCCGAGCGCAAAAUUAUGAAGAGAAGGAGCAAGGAACAGCAGGCUCUGGUACCUCGAAGAGACAGCAUCUCAGACUCUGAGACAGAACCAAAGCAGCUUCAAGUCAGCAAGUCACGCAAGGUCAGCAGCAAGCAGGAUAAGAGCCUGGACAAGCCCGCGUCACCGCAAGAGCACCGACAACAACAGCAACCUCCGAAUAAGCACUGGACUGUGACCUUGUUCGAGUUCAUCACCGCACACCCAACAUUACCACACGUCCUCUCCUUCUACGCGCAACUACUUCUCAACAUGUUCCUUAUUGGCAGCAUAAUGUAUAUUCUGUACAGUUUUUGGGCCACCAUUCGUGGUGAUGUCGACAAGAAGACAAGCAUCGCUGUGGCCGAGGUUCUUUCACAGAUGGCCGCUUGCGCAAGGGAUUACAAACAAAAUCACUGCGAUCAAGACCCUCGCCCACCAAAACUGGAGAAUGCUUGCAGCAAUUGGGAGCAGUGUAUGGAUCAGAACNCCCAUAAUGUCGGUCGCGCGAGGAUCAGCGCUCAUGCCUUUGCCGAAAUCUUCAACAGCUUCAUCGAGCCCAUCUCGUACAAAGCAAUGAUUUUCACGGUCCUCUUGAUCUUCGUUACCAUUGCCGGCUCCAAUUUCGCAUUCAGCGUCUUCCGCGACAAGGCCGCCGAGAACGCUAGUGCUCAACAUCAUCACUACUACAACGGUGCUCCUCCACCCACUCCUCAGCACUCCUACAAUCCCGCCUUGAAAUGGAACAACAACCCAUAUCAGCAAGGCCAGCAGUUGGGACUUGAGCCAGCCAGCAGCCAGUACGCGGCAGACAGGGAGACAUCGCCAGUGAGGAGACUGCAGUUCCGCUGA